AUGACCAUAUACCGGGCGUAUCUGCUGCGUAAGGCCGACGAGGCACUUGGGACGCCAUCGGGCUGGGCUGGACGAAGCGCUGGACGGGCAACAGGACGGGGUAGUGGUAGUGCGGAGCAGUUCCGAGACUCGCCGACGUCUGCAGCGGCGGCGACCAACGCAUCGCCACUGCCGAACCUCUCGUCGGUGCUCUCGCUCUCGGCGCUCUCGCCGUCGCCGUCGCCACCUACAUCGGGCGCGGUGGGCCGGACCCACUCAUCACCGGCACUGGCAAGCUCGCCACUACGGACGGUGGCUUUUGGCAGGUCGCGGAGCCGGGCGCUGAAGAUGGGCGGGCGGGGGAGCCCGCUGGCGGCGGGCGCGGCGACAGGUGCGCCUGGCAGCGCGGAUGAGGUGCUCGGCCGCGUCCUGCUGGCUAUCCGGUUUGACGCCGCCGGUGUUGCGCAUCGGGUGCCGCGCUCAAGCGACACAUCGACCGGGCCCGAUGAUGCGUCACUUACAGACAUGCUGAGCAUCCCACACUCGCGACUGACAACGGCGGUGACCCGGCGCGGAGUGUGGGUGCAGGCUGCAGCGGGUGCAGGGAGUGCCACACUGCCGCAUGCCCUCGGCGCACACAUUGUGCAUGGGACCAAGGUCUCGCUUAUAGUGCUCGCUGACGGUGACGCGCAUGGAGUUACCGAAGACGGCGCUGCAGUGCUAGAAGUGCUCGACGCGGAGCUGGCGUCACUGGCGCGGCCGACCCAAUUCCGCGAGCUCGAUCCGCCAUCGCCGGUCUUUCUCGACUUUGCGCGGAUGUUGCUACUGCUGGCGUUUACACGGGAUCCCGUUCUCGCCCACGCCCGCGUCUCUUUGGUAGCCGGUGGCGGCGGGGCAGGGUACGGCGGCGGCGGCGGGUGCGACGACGCAAUUUCGUGGGCAUCGCACUCGAGCUCAUCGAGCGGCGGCGGCGAGGGCGCGUCCAGCUCUGUGGCCGGGGCGUUCUCGCUGGCAUCUCUGGUGGACACGCUCAGUAAGCUCGGGGUGACGCCUGGGGUGUUUUGGACUGCAGAGGAGGCUGCGACGGUGCGGACAACGUCGGCGUCUUGGAUGCUGUUUCAGACCGAGGUCUUUCACGAGGCCGACGACGAGCGGUCGUCGCCGGCGCUGAGCAAGUUUGUGGACGUCCUGCUCCGUGAGGCCGAGGCGGCUGCGGCCGGCGAACCGUCGCUCUGGCUGCUGACGCUGGCUGAGAUGGCGAUUUACUUUGGCAAAGACGAGACGGUGGACGAAGUGGUCAAGUUUGUACGGCUUGCGGCCAACACCGGGCUGGUUCGCGUGGAGACUGCGGUGGCGGUGUCGGACGUGUUUGUGCCGACGCCGCGCGGACUCGCGCUCUGUACACCCGAGUGGUGGGAGGCGUUCGGCCAGCGAAGCGAUCUGCCGCUCGGCUAUGCGACGGCCGGCCAGGUCCUCCUUGACCUGCUGCUCACACGAUACGAGUGCAUCCAGAGCGUUGCGGCGCGACUCCGGCGGCGACUGCCUCGGCUCGGGCUGGACGUGGCGGGGGUGAUGGCGCUGGUGGAGAUGCUGGUGGCGGAGCGGGUGGUGAAGCGGGUGUACAUGGUGCCAUUCAUCGAUUUUAUGCGGUUCUUCCGCGACUGUACGCUCUCGGGGGUGCAUCCAGACAUGAUGCAGCGGCUGCUGCAGCUCGAGCCGUACUUUGAGCACGCGUCGGCGCGGCGGUACACCCUCGAGGAGCUGCUGGCGCUGGUCAACCUGCGGGCGGGCGCAAACCCGCCGCUUACUUUCGAGACGCUAGUCGGCGACUUGGACUCGCUCGACAUCUCGCUCUCGUGGUUUGUGCUCGACGACGCCGGUGUUCUCGUCCCGGCCUCCACUGUCGCUCUCAAUGGCUCCUCGGUCGACUGCUCUUGGGCGGCAUGCUGCAGGCGAUGAUUUCUCCCCCGCCCUACCUAGCUCGACUCAAAGUCAAACGGCAACGACGACGAGUCAGUAGCCGACUCUUCACCGUCGCCAUCGCCGUCGCCGUCGGCUGAUCCGGAUCCGUAUGACCCGGAGCCUGACGACGACGAUGACGAUGACGACGACGUUGCUCUCUUUUUCUUCUUGCGCCUUGAGCGGUCUUUGCUUUUGGGCGUGACCCGCUUGGGCUUGGGCUUGGGCUUGGAUUGUUUGGACUUGGAUUGUUUGGACUUGGCCUUCUUGGACUUGGCCUUCUUGGUCUUUGCCUUCUUGGACCUGGUAACCUUGGGCUUGGCAACCUUAGGCUUGGUGACCUCGGCCUUGACCUUACCCUUACUCUUACCCUCACGCUUUCCCUCACGCUUUCCCUCACGCUUGCCCUCACGCUUGCCCUUGCCCUUCCUCUUCUCCUUGCCCGUGCCCUUGCUCUCGCGAUCGGGCUCGGUCUCGUCGUCAGCUGUUGCCUCGUACCGCUGCCGACGGCGGCGGCCGCGCCCAAAAACGCACCGACUUGCCGUCCGUCCUGAUAUCCGCCAAGAGCCUUGUCGUACAUGGCGAGAGGCUGCCAGCCCGACUCGGCUACCACCAGGGUGGCAACUGAUCUAGAGCCAACGCCGGGCGUGGGACGGACAGUUGACGAUGCAUCGCCUGACGGAUUGGUCGAGUCGGUCAACGACUGCUCCGAACUUGACGAGCUCUUUGUGCGGAAUUGCUUGACGGCCGACUUUGGAUACUUUGUAAACUCGACCAUGGCCUUC